AUGCUCAGCCGCUCGCAUCGGCGCUCCACGGCUCCACAACGACUGCUCGCCCUCGCUCACUGCUCAAAUUCUCGUGCUCGCUGCCUCGCCUCGCUCACUCCCCGGCCGCUCCCGGAGCUGGCGCUCCGGCCUUUCGAGGUCGAGCGCUACCCGGGCUGGACGGACGGCUCCGCCUCGCUCUCCUCCUCCGAGACGGAGCCGCUCUCGCUCGCAGAGCUCCUGCUGCAUGCAGACGCCGACCUGGCGGAGCGGUGGCGAGCUCUCUCCCUCGGCUACCCUUCGCACAACGAGGGCAGCCCGUGGCUCCGGCGUGAGAUCGCCUCCAAGUACUCCACAGAGUCGAUUGACGAGAGGCACGUCAAUGUGUGCGCGCCGGCAGAAGCCAUCUACCUCGCCUCACGGGCGCUCCUGGCUGCAGACGACCACGUCGUGGCGACGGUGCCGCUCUACCAGUCGCUCAGUGAGGUUGCCCGCUCGAUGCGCUGCGAGGUGAGCGCGUGGCGACCCUCGGCCGGGCCGCCGGGUGCGCCCUACCGCUUUGACCCGGCCGACCUCGCCGCGCUGAUUCGGCCCGGCAGAACCAAGCUGGUCGUCUGCAACUUUCCGCACAACCCGACUGGCGCGCUGCCGACGGCGGCCGAGUUUGCGCGGGUCGUGGCCGCCUGCGAGGCGGCCGGCUGCUACCUGCUGGUGGACGAGAUGUACCGCGGGCUCGAGCACGGCUCGCGGGAGCCUCUCCCCGCGGCCUGCGAGGCGUCGGCGAUCGGGGUCAGCCUGAGCGGCCUCUCCAAGACCGUUGGCCUGCCUGGCCUCCGGCUGGGCUGGCUCGCAAGCCGCUCGCCGGCCGUGAUUCAGCGCGUCGCGCAGCUCAAGGACUACACCACCAUCUGCCCGCCCGCCCCGUCCGAGGUGCUCGGCGCGGUCGCACUGCGCGCACAGCCGGCGCUGCUCGAGCGAAGCCGCGCGAUCGCCGCCGAGGGGCUAGCCGCGGCGCGCGCGACGGUCGCGAAGCACCCCGCCGCUCUCGAGUGGUCCGAGCCUGCGGCGGGCACCUUUGCGUUCGCGCUUCGCUCGCGCGCCGGCCUGAUGCUGAUGCCUGGCGCCCUCUUCGACCUGGACGCGACCGCGGCCGACGGCAGCGACGCGGCGAGGCGGGUGCGGCUCACGUACGGUCGCGCUGACACCGCGACGCUGCUGGAGCGGUGGAGCGAGGACAUACGGCGACAUGGGGUGGCCGGCCGAAAAAUACCCGAAGCGGAGCAUGAGGAGCCACUCGUGACCUUUGAGGACGCGGGGGACGUGCUGGGCAUGGUGGAGGCGCCGCUGCUCGUGCCGGACGGGUUCAAGGUUGUCGCGGCCUCGCCGACGGAGGAGCAGCUCGACCCGACCAACCCGGCCAGCGACGCGCUCAUCGAGCAGCGCAUCAUGGUCCGCUUCGAGCACUACGGCUGGUGCGUGGGCACGGUUACGGCCAAGGUGAACGACGGCCGGCGCACGAUCGAGCGUGACCGCGUCAACUUCGUCGCCAAGUUCGACGUUGACAACGGCGCGGCGACGGACUCUCGCUCGAGUCGUCGAUGUCGGACCGGCUGGGGCCGGGCGGUGGGCGGUGGGCUGCCUUGGCGCUUGGGGGGAUGGGCUGUGGCACGGUCCGAGUCGUAG